AUGUCCGACCACGACUCAACCCUAAAGGCUAUUCGCAUCGCUAACAUUGCUGCUGGAGGAGUUUCGUCCCUAGUGUUCGUAACACAGUUAUCCUACAUUUUUACAAGCUUUAUGGAAUUCAUAAGAGCCAUCUUUGGACUAGCCUUUGCAAUCCCCUUGGUUUACCUUGAGUUUAAGCCAAUUAAUGGAUUGGCUAGGUUUGCAUCCUUUUACUACAGCUACUUAGGUAGGGGUGCCUUGUUUAUUCUCCUUUCGUCUUUGAUGGUGUUUGAAGGCGCAUUGCCUAUCAUAGCCGUAUUUUUGCUAUUUAUUGGCGGUCUCGUCUUCAUUGCGCUGGAGUUUACUGGAACUAUUCCAGAACCAGACAACUUCAGGUUCGAAGGUUCUGGAUUAACAGUCGGGGGUGAUGAUGACGAAAUAAUCUAA